GAGUUAUAUAAAACUGGAAGAGCUUGGAUAAAUUUAGUUGUCUCCGACGAUUUACUAUCAAGUACCAGAAACAAAAUGGCGAAACUUUUGCUUAUUCUUGCUUUGUGCUUAAGUUCUACUUUUGCUGUACCAAAUCUCAAAUUCUCCCGCGGCCAUCUUGCGUUGACACGUGUAGCCUCUCAACUUAAGUCAGUUGAUUCAGGCUUUGAAACGUGCUUUGAAUCAUUGCUUAGUAAUAUUUUUGAUACUCUUUCGCGCAGCCACGAUCAAAUGAUGGAUUGCAACCGGGACAGCGUUCAAGAACUCCUAAUGCUUCAAGAAGAAAUUGGUCAAAUCAGCGAGGUUGCUGCUUUGGACUUAUACGCGAUGAUUCUUGACUUUGAGGAUUGCGGUGAUGACGAAGCAUGUAAAGUAGCCGCCAUUAAAGACAUGGUUGAUUUGAUUGAGGGAUUUCUCCAGGAGUUGAAUGAUAUUGUUGAUAGACAUCUGACUAGCUUGGCGGGUAAAUUACCUGAAACUGCUGAGUGCCUUCAUGUUGUCAACUUAGCGUUGAUUGAAGCUUUCAAAACUGCCGAAAGUGACUUUGUCGCCUGCAUCAAUGCUUAAUAUGUGUAAUAUUUUAAAUAUUCUAUCAAAUAAAAACACUAUGAAUUUAUAACACAA